GCGACUACCUACAACAGAAAUCGUAUUUAACGAAACUGUGAUGGGACGAAUCGGUGUCCCCAGUCUGUAUUGAAUAGUCGAUAAUGUAUAUAGAGUGUGUUUUACACGUUAAAUGUGUUAAUUUAUGUGAAGACAUUAGUUUUAAUUAUUAAACAAAUUUAGUAAACGGUUGUUAACUGACUUCUAGUGCCAUUUAUUCCGCGUUGAAUCUUGUUCUAAUAACAUUUCUUACGGCAAUACACAUUAUGUCAAUAACUAGGAUUUGCGAGUUUAGUCAAAUGGUGUUUUUUUAAUUGCCACACGUCGAUUUUAGUAAUUGUCGUGUUUACUUUUAGCAUAUGCGAUACUAUUAUGAUUGUGAAUUAAUUCUGAUGGAAUACGUGUGUGUAGUGUGUGCCAGUGAUAGUUUAAUAAACUACCAAGUGCUCUUUUGGGACCCACAUUCGUGCAAAUUAAGAUAUUUGUAAUGUCGGGAAGUCAUAUGAGUAACGAGAAGGAACAUAAAUCGCCUAGGGAAAGCGGCGAGGACUCCGAAGACGAGAGCGAAAUACUGGAAGAAAGUCCAUGUGGAAGAUGGCUUAAAAGGCGCGAAGAGGUCGAACAAAGGGAUGUACCAGGUAUUGACUCAGCUUAUUUGGCCAUGGAUACCGAAGAAGGCGUCGAAGUGGUUUGGAACGAAGUACAGUUUUCUGAAAGGAAGAAUUUCAAAGCGCAAGAAGAAAAAAUUCAACUUGUGUUUGAGAAUCUCACGCAACUCGAACAUCCAAAUAUUGUGAAGUUUCAUCGUUAUUGGACUGAUACACACAACGAUAAACCUAGAGUUAUAUUCAUCACCGAAUACAUGUCGUCUGGAUCACUGAAACAGUUCCUAAAGCGUACAAAGCGCAACGUAAAGCGACUCCCCCUUCAAGCAUGGCGACGAUGGUGUAAGCAGAUCCUCUCCGCUUUAAGUUACUUGCAUUCCUGUUCCCCGCCAAUCAUCCACGGCAAUCUCACCUGUGAUACCAUAUUUAUACAGCACAAUGGCCUCGUCAAAAUUGGAUCAGUUGCACCUGAUUCGAUAAACCAUCAUGUCAAAACAUGCCCAGAGAAUAUUAAAAAUAUGCAUUUCUUUGCUCCAGAAUAUGGUGCAUCGGCAUCAUUAACUCCCGCACUGGAUAUAUAUUCUUUUGGUAUGUGUGCGUUGGAAAUGGCUGCUUUGGAAAUACAAGGUAACGGAGAUUCCGGUAAUAUUGUUACGGAAGAGAAUAUUUCGAAGACAAUUGACUCGCUGGAAGACGAACAACAGAAAGAUUUCAUUAAGCGAUGCCUCCAUUCGGAACCCCAAGAGAGGCCGACCGCCAGAGAGCUACUCUUUCAUCCCCUAUUAUUCGAAGUUCAUAGUCUUAAAUUACUCGCCGCGCACUGUUUAGCUAAGAAUACUGGUAAUUCAAACAUAUCGGAAACAAUUACAGAUGAGCUCAUGCAAAGGAUAUACAGUCCGGAUGUUAUAGUAGCCGUUAUAAAUCAUUUGGACAAACCGGCAACGCAAAUAAAAAUGUCGGAUGUACAGGGUGCUGAAAAACUAGAAAAAUUUGUAGAGGAUGUUAAAAAUGGCAUUUAUCCGUUAACGGCCUUCGGUGCCAAACAACCUCCUCCGGCCAGAUCGAGGGCCAUUUCACCCGAAAUGGCAGAGUCUGUCAAGUCGGUCACACCCGAACCUCUCGACACGGAAACACGAAAAAUUGUAAAUAUGUUAUGUGAUGUAAAGUCUAUCGAAGACAGCUGUGAAUUAGCAAUGACAAUUUUACUGCGAAUGGAUGACAAAAUGAAUCGACAGUUGACGUGUAUUAUUUCAGAAGCUGAAACGCCCACCCCCACUGCGCUAGCCCAAGAACUGGUGCAUUACGGUUUUAUAAACGAGAUCGACCGUGAUAAAAUAGCAAGUUUAAUAGAAGUGGCUAUGCAGAAUAUAUCGGGGCCAGUAAGUCCUAGUCAAGCCCUUCCGACGUUACACUUUCCUCCUCUUCCGCAGCCGGUCAUCAACCCAGGUUCAAUAUUAGGGCCUAUAAAUCCAACUCCCACGCAAGUGCCCAUGCACUCCACUAGUUAGUACUCUCGCAAGUAAUAAUGUAUUUCUAAUUUUAACGUAGACAUUGUCUCAACAGCGGGUAUGUACGAAGAGAUUGUAAAUGUUCACGUUUUGUUACAUUCCCUUCUUUUGAGUAUUCGGAAAAGUAUUUUUAUUAUAAUUCGGAAACGUGUUGAGAUUACGCGCAGUCGGAAUUUGUUUUUCGCCUAUUUGUUUCUGAACUUUAAAAUCUCUUUUUAUAUAUUUGCAAUCUCCAUACUUGUCUCCCGAGAGACGUGUCUCUGAUAGGCUUAGGAUCGAAGACUGUUAUAUCGGACAUUGGUACAUUGGUAAGUUAGGCGUGCUAGUCAUGAGACCACGUGUUUAUCUGUGAUCAGGAGCUCCAAUGACAUCUACAGUGGACUGUUUAUCAUAGGUACAUAUGUAUGUGAUCUGUUUAAACUGUAAUAAUGAUUUUAUAUUUAUGAACGUUUCAUUAACCCCACUUCAGUUUUUUUUACAGUAAAAUCUAUGUGAAAAACGCGUCGGAUGAUUUUAUAUUGUGUAAAUAAUUUACGUUAAGAAAUAAUUCAUCGGAUUUUACUGUUUGAUUUUCUGAAAAUCGCUUUAGUUAAGCUUCCUUUCUUAUGAUUAAUACUCGUGUCGCGAAUUGUAUUAUUUUUUUAUAUUUUGCCCCCUUGAGACUGAGUAAUUUUUAAUAAGCAUAGGAGUAGUUGAAAAAUCAGGACAGGACCAAUUAAGUGUGAAUUAAAUUAUUUUUUCCUUUUCUUUUUAACGAAAGGGAUGCUCUAACACCAAGCAUUGUUUGCAUUGUAUCGUUUAGGACAAAAAUUGUUAAUGUUACCAAAUUGAGUAGGCCUACUUUAGUUUAGAAACUCAAAAAUUCCAACCUUUUUUAGUCACUUUUGUAAGUUCGGUAUGAAAUGUUGUUAGAACUAAAUUCGUAAAGCAGUUUCAAUUUUGUCGACUGAAUUUCUCCAAAUAUGCCAUAAUAAAUUAUUUGUGAUUUAGGAUACACCAAAUAUUUUUAAACGCUUUAUAUUUAGAUAAAACAAAUUAGUAGAAAAUAAAUUAUUUAUCGCACACAUUCUUUAUAAUUGUGUCGAUUGAAACGAGAGGGUUAUAAUUUAUUUUGUUU